AUGGCUCCCUCAAGGAGCAAGGCCUCGAGCCUUUUGAGCCUCCUACUUCUCGCAACACCAAUCGUCGCCAAAUAUUCAAACGACUUCAGCUACUACCCCAGCGCGGCACAACCAUGCUUAUACUCUGCUUCCGAUAGCAGUCAAUGCGAUGGCGACAACGUCUCCGAUAUGAACAAGUGCCUCUGCAGCGACUCGAAGGGCAAGUUCGUCACCAACGCAGCAAAGUGCCUGGGAAAGGAUGCGAAGAGCACAGCAUCGGAGGUCUACAGCGAUCUGAAAACAUCCUGCGCCAACUCCAACACACCCUUGUCCGUGAGCGAGGAUGACUUCAACAAGCUCGUCGCCGCCGGCGCCUCGGCCACCUCCCUCUCAGUAACACCAACCGCAACAUCCAAGACCGCGAAGCCCACGACCCUGGUCACCACCACAACCGGCGGCGCGACCGUCACCAUGACCUCGACCCCAGCCCCGACACAAUCCAACACCGACGAAGCGACUUCGGGUCUGUCUACGACCGCCAAGAUCGGCAUCGGUGUGGGCGGGGGCGUGGCAGCGGUCGCCAUCAUCGGCAUCAUCGCCUUCAUCUGGCGCCUCAAGAAAAGCCGCGCCGCGCACGAAGAGUCGCGCCCCAUGCUGGACGGCGGCAUCGGCGCGACCGGCUACAACCCGCACCACCACAGCCCGCCCACGACCGCCGCCGCUUUCGGCGUGUACAACCCGCACGAGUACAAGACGGAAAACAAGACCCCGGGCUGGCGGCCGACGACGGAUAUCACGCCCAGCCCGAGCCCCGGCGCGCAGACAUGGGCGACGAACUCUCCCCAACCGCCAUAUGCGCCGUACGCUCCGCCGCCGCAACAGCAGCAGCAGCAGUUACACGCUUGGGGGCACCACCCUCAAGCUUCUUACCCUCCGCCGGCGCCGGCACCGCAGCCUGGGGUGUUUGAGCUUGCGUCUAUCCCCGUGCAGGCAUCAAGUCUGCAGCCCCCGCCCCCUCCGCCUGGUGUGGUAGAGAUGCCGGCGACGGAGGUCCAGCCAGCAAACCCGCGAUUCCACUACCCUAAACCACGAUGA